AUAUACAUCAGGAGAAGUGAGGUUGUGGGACACUCGCACCUGGGACUACACAGCCCCCAUCCUGGAACCAAUACACAGUCCUGGUGAUGCUGGACCUCAGCCACAUGUCUCCUUUGUGAGGAUAAACAGCUCUCUGGCUGUAGCAGCUUACGAGGACGGAACUGUUAGUGUGUGGAACUUGAUGUUCGGGCGGGAGCCAAUCCAUCAUUACCAGCACAAUCAGAGGAUACAGGCUUUAGCUCUUGGUUCAGAGGGUGCAACAGUAGCAACGGCAUCUGGCUUCGAGGUCAAAGUGGAAAGCCCUAAUGACAGAGGAUUCUGGCAAACUACAGAAACAUAUGAAAUCCAGAAAUUGGUCAGCUUCCUUAAUCUGGUUCCAGAUGUUACGGGGAGUCCAGUGACAGUAGCAGCUGCAGAAGACAUUGUCUAUCUCCUGAAAGCAGAAGAUCCUGGCAAAAUCCUCCAUUCUGUCUAUGGUCAGCCUGUCACAUGCCUUGACGUAUCUGCUCAUGAAGCAGCCUUUGGGGUCAAAACCUUUGGCUGGUUAUUGAAUGAACCCAACCAGAUUCUUCUUUACAAUCUGGAAACAAGUCAGUGUCUGAAGAAGAUGGGCAACUCAAUAGGUGAUUUUACGUGUGUCAACCUCCAGAACAGUCCUCCAAACAUGCUUGUUACAGGCAAUAAAGACAGAAGGGUCAGGGUAUUUGAUCUCCGCAAAAGCGAAUCUUUGUGCUCCCUCUAUGCCCACCAGUUAGGAGUGUCUGCGGUCCAGAUGGAUGACUGGAAGAUCGUCAGUGGAGGAGAAGAGGGCUUGGUCUGUGUAUGGGACCAACGGAUGGGCACCAAACUCUGGGAAAUGCAUGCUAGACAUCCAGUCCGCCACAUAUGGUUUAAUUCUCAUAGCCUCAUCACUGCAAACAUCCCUGAUGAGAAAACUCCCCGAGGCGCCAGCAUCACAGACGAUGACCUUACCGCGCACCGCAAGCAUCGAGGAAUCAUUUAUGCCUACGAGUUCUCAGUGGACCAGUUAGCUGUAGAAAGCGUCCUUCCUAUUUGCCGUUCUUCCUACGAUGAAGUGACUGGUUACAACUACAACAUUGGCCUUGCAGUUCCCUAUGAUAGUGUUUAGGUAACUC